GGAGGGAGAAAUAUAUAUAAGCCAGGCUGCCUUGCUGCAGUGCCCCGUCGGGGAUCAGCACCAGCCCAAGGCAUUAAAGGAAAGGGAAGCGGAGCUGGGGACGGAUUAAUCCUCUCUCCCGCCCAGGCUGGUUCCCUUCCUCCAAAGACCAGCCCCCGGCAAUAUUCCUCGCCCGCCUCCCUUCGCCCUCCAAGCUCUUUUCUUCCAGCAACAUGACUCUGGGGGCAUUUUUGGCUGCCCUCCUGCUUGCGGUGCAAGUAAUUUCACUUCCAGUAACAAAUCCAGCAACUCAAGAUGAUGCCAAGGUGAUGAAAUGCAUUGCUGAAGUCAUUUCGGAUACGGUGUCAAAACCAAAUCCACUCCCAAUCAGCCAGGAAUGCCUAGACAUUCUUCAAGGCGAUGAAAGAAUCCGCUCUAUUCUUCGUCACCAAAACUUGCUAAGGGAACUUCAAGACAUUGCAAGUCAAGGAGCUGACGAAAGGACAGAACUGGAGAAGAAAAGCCAUGGAUUUGAAGAUGAGCUUUCUGAAGUCCUUGAAACCCAAAGCGAUGGUAACACAGAAAGAGAGCUGUCUCCUAGUGAGGAUCCUAUUGCCUCCUUGGCUGAGCUGGAAGAGGCAGAGAAAAGUCAGCAGAACAAUGAAAGGGACAUUUCAAAAGAGGAGAGGAACAGUUUGGAGGAGAGGGAGACUAGGGCCCGAGACGUUGAGACUGAAGAUGACAAGGAGAACCCCACAGGAUUUGAGAGCAAUGAGGUUGGUGAGGCUGAAGAAUUGUCCUGGGAUGAUGCGGCUGUAGACAAUCACAUCCAUGAUGAUGCCCGAGAUGAUGAGCCUCCUGAGCAGGGAGGCCAAGAGGAGGAGGAGGAUGAGGAGGAGGAAGAUGGCCUAGGAACAGAUGAAUUUGAGGAGAAGGAGCAUGCUUCCAGACAAAGCCAAGAGGAGAGCAAAGAAGAGAGAGAAGACAGUAUCAGAGAUCAGGCAGAAGAGGAGGAAGAAGAGGAGGACCAGGAGGAGGAUGAAGAUGAAAGGGAUGCUGAUGAAGAAGUGGAGGAAGAGAAGGAAAGAAACACCUCUGAAGAAGAACAUCCAACCAGUUUUGAGGAUAUAGAGGAUCAAAGAGAGGAUGAUUACCAAGAAGCCAAGGGAUUUGCAGAGGAUGAAAAAGUUGCAGAAGAAAAAGAGAGAUACCACCACGUGAGAGGAGGAAGGCAUCACUCUCUUGAUGAUGCAAGGCAGGACAAAGAUGCCUCCAAUUCUAGGGAUAUUGAAAGUGAGGAAGUGGAAGAGGACUCUAGAGAUUUAGAAGAUGCCAAGAGAUGGAAUAAGAUGGAUGAACUUGCCAAGCAACUGACUACUACAAAGCGUACAGAAGAAACUGAAAGCAAUGAAGAAGACCCAGAUAGGUCCAUGAAACUAGCCCUUAGGUCCCAGAAAUAUGAUGUCCGUAAUUCAGAAGACAAUGAAAGGAGGCCACAGAAGCAUCAUUCGAAAGAGGAGAGCAGUGAAGGGGGCUUUCCACUUGUUGCCAUGCCUGAAGAAAAGAAGGACGAAGAAGGAAGUGCUAACCCAAAAACAGAGGGAAUUGCCAAGGCCCUGACAAGACACCAGGGAGGGAGCCAGCACAACGUGACAACGGUCGCUCAGGACCAAGAGCUGGAAAGUCUGGCAGCAAUAGAAGCAGAAUUGGAGAAAGUUGCCCACAAGUUACAUGCCCUGAGAAGAGGUUGAUGGUUUAACAACACAUGAUGUGAGCAAAAAGCCAGAAGUUUUAAGUCACCAUUUUAAACACUGCAAUUUAAUUUGAUUUAAUUUUUGAAAGGAGAAUGUAAUAAUGAAGCAGGCGUGUUUCUACCUAGAAAGCCAGUAUCAGUAGGAAAAAAUAAUGGCCACCUCCCUCUGUGUGUACGUUUGUGGAGUAGUACUGCUCUCCAUCAUCACUUGCUUGUUCUUUGCUUUUAUGUUUGAUUUAUGGGCUAUUGGUUUUCUCUUGUAAUUUGGAAUUACAGUAUCCACGAGCAGUGCAAUUUAUUCAUGACUUUUCUGUUGAAAAAAGGGACUGCUUUCUCAUUCCUCCCCAUGUUUUCCUUUGUUUUGUUUCAUUCUGUAUUUUUUAAAAGAAAUCUAUGACAGCUUUCUAGAAUGUUUUACUUCUAAUACCACUAUGUUUCCUGGAUAUACAUCUAAAAAAAAACUUGCAAUAAUUUGUUAAUCUUUUGAUUAAAAAGAUGCGAAACUCUGACUGUAAUAUAUUCUAUAUAAAAUUCAGGACAAAAAAAUAAACAUGCGACUUUGGGCUCCUUC